ACGCCUAAAAGAAAAAAGUAAAUAUGAGGAGGAUUAAGGAGAACAAAGACUUAAUGUAAUAUUGAACUGACUUAAUGUAAUGUAUUGAUGCAAAAGCAGCUUGUGAUGGUUUUGUGCAACGGGGACGCGUCCUACCACGUCACGUCAUGACGCUUGCAAAUCUGACUAUGUAUAAUCCACUGGAGAGAUUGGACAGGCAGCAUGUGAUCAUUUGGCCAAGUAUAAUAUCCUGUCUGCCUUAAUGUAUAGAAAAGGCAUCCCAUGUUAAACCAUGUGCCCUUUUGCAUGUCUGGUCCUGCAUACACUUGUGCACAUUAUUAGCCUCGACUCAUCUAUGAAGCCUCUGAAGGGGCGCAGGUGAUGUGUAACUCACAGACUGAAUGAGUAACCCACUAACAAGAUCGGACCAAUGAGGCGUCUUCCAGGACUGAGGUCCCGCUCGUCCAAAGUACUUGUCCGUCUUAUGUUUUCUUUGGUUGAGUAGUGCGCAUGGUAAUGUAGCAAGGCGUGCACAGGCUUUAACUCCUUACGGUCUAAACGGUUUUGCGUUGUUGGAUGUUAGUUUUGUUAGACGGGGGCAUCGGGUGCAAUGUUGCAGAUCAGGGUUAAAGUCGCUCUCUUGCUUCUGCUAUUGGCGGUCCGGGGUGUUGCACAGCAAGACACCCAGAAUAAAGGGUGUGUUUGUGGACACCCUGGAAUACCAGGGGACCCUGGACACAAUGGGACACCCGGACGAGACGGCAGAGAUGGACUCAGAGGGGACAAAGGUGAUCAUGGUCAAGUUGGCCCUAUUGGAUCAGCAGGCCGUGACGGCCACAAGGGAGACAAAGGGGAACUCGGUGCAGUUGGCCAAGCAGGGCUCAAGGGGAAAAGGGGAGAAAAUGGAGAACGGGGGCCGCCUGGGAAAAUGGGGCCCCAGGGAGUCCAAGGGACCAUGGGGCUCAAUGGAAGUAAGGGUGAGCUUGGGCUACCUGGACCCCAAGGACCUAAGGGAGAUUUGGGCCCUCUUGGACCAGAGGGUCCAAAGGGGGAGACUGGCCUUCGAGGUGACAGAGGCAUUCAGGGUCCUUUGGGGCCUCCUGGGAAGAUAGGGCCUAAGGGGGAAAUCGGUAUCCCGGGUUACAAAGGCAAUAUUGGUUAUCGUGGUGAGAGAGGAGCUCGAGGGGAGCAAGGGGACAAGGGUGAUAAGGGAGAUGCAUUCGUUAUCUCAAAAAGUGCCUUCACUGUGGGACUCACAGCGCAGAGUAAACUGCCGGCAGCUAACGCACCGAUCCGGUUCGAUAAGAUCAUCUACAAUGAACAGAAUCACUACGACGCACAAACAGGGAGAUUCACAUGCUCCGCAGCAGGAGCCUAUUUCUUCACCUACCACAUCACCGUCUUCGCCAGGAACGUCAAGGUGGCUCUGGUGAAGAAUGGUGUAAAGAUAAUCCACACCACAGAUAACUACCAGAGCAGCGAGGAUCAGGCAGCAGGGGGCGCUGUGCUGCACCUGUCUGAGGGGGACAAGGUCUGGCUGCAGGUGGCUGGAGGAGAGCUGUUCAAUGGGCUCUUUGCCGAUGAAGAUGAUGAUACCACUUUCUCUGGGUUCUUGAUCUUCAUGGCUUGAACUGGGCAUAACUUCUUAAGGAACUGCUGCUAAAUGUUUUAUGACAAACAGAAGUCAGUUGGGAUAAUUUACCCGGUCCCUCAGCUUUAGUUGAUUUCAUUACAUUGUGCAAUGUAAUGAAGACAGCAGCAUUGUGCAAUGUAAUGAAGUGCAUUUACGCAACUACCGAUCAGAUGAACUUUUACUUUACUUGCGCUUUUCCAUUGUAUGCUACUUUUACUGCAUUAUGUUUUGCGGUGCCAAACAUCAUACGUUUUACUCAACUGCAGCCACCUGAGUACCGUGGUGAUUAUAAAUGACAAUCUAUUGGUAUAGAAUAACUACCCCGGGAAAUGAAGUAGUUUGAAACAGCUCCAAACUGUAACUUAUCUUUUACACAUCAGUUAUAAUAACCUAAUGAAUACUGUAGACACAGGUUAGAGAGUUUUCUUUAGUUUUCUUUUCAUGUGUUGUGUACAUUUAACUGGAACGGGAAUUUCCAGUUGUAUUACUUUAAAAUAAUCAGAUUUGUCUCCCACAGCUGGUAUUAUAGUUUCAUGAUUUAGUUAAUUCGAUUUAAAUUGGCUUUCUUGCCAGAUCUUAUUCAUAUGAAUCUGGUGGAAUAAGAUAAUCAACCUGUUAAUACAAAUUAAAAAAAAUCAUUGAACACAUGAAAGCAAAAGUUA